AUGUACCUCAAUUCUAGACAGGAGCCCCAAACCCAAAGAAACGAGAUUAGAAAUAGAAGACUCUUACCGGCAAUCCCCGACGGCAAGGCGGAUAAUCGACCUCCUCGAGCGAAACUACGGAUUAAAGCUAGAGGAUGUGGGACUCGCUGGCGUACAAGCAGGUCCCGAUGGAAUACAACCCUAAGCCCAUCCUCCGCAACCGGCCCAGCAUCCGGCCCAAUAACCGGCUCAGCACCCAGUCCCGCAGCACUAGAUGCCAGAACUAACGAGCAGAAUCCAAUAUUCGGCACCAGCACCGUCGAUACCACUAUAAACACACUCUCAGGCGCAGCAUCCGACCCUCCACGCGACGCAUCUAACCCAGCCGCCAUACGCCCCCUAUCCCGCUAUAGCCUCGACUCCACCAUAUUAGGAGCCUCACCGAGGAAAUCAACUCCCCCUACGACCGAGUGGGGCAAGAUAGCCACGGAUAACGGAACCACCAAUGGAGCCAUUCACGUUAUCUACCGCAAGGACGUGGAAAGCGACCGACCGCUACGAGAUUUCUCCGCAAGAAUCUUCGACGUAUCUAGAGUGGUGGGAAAGGCCAUAGACCUCGAGCUGCUCACCCGCUUUUACGCCAAAUUACACCCGGAGCUACGGCAACUCUGCAGGGCACCGGUGGAAUCCGACGAACGAUCUAAAUACGUCAAUAUGGUGGAUAGCAAGAGGAAGACCUUGCGCGAAAAGUUGAAAGCGGCACGGACGAUGAAGGAUCCGAACCCGAGGAUUCGGCACUAUGGGGCAAUGACCGCCCAUGGAACAGAGGCUAUAGGGACCGAAACCGCCCUCCUCGUAGCUGGAGACCGAGAGAAAUCGGCGAUAACACCUACGAUGAUCGACUCCGACCCCAAAGGCCAGAUAACCCGAACCGAUAAGGAAGAGGACUCCCUGAGCGAGGAAGGAGCUAGCGAAAGCGAUGAGAGCACCGCCUACUACGCCGAAAUCAUAGAAAGAGAGGAGGAUUCUUACCUCGUAACAGAGGCAAAAGAAAGGCGUCAUAUCAAUUUCGCCAUUAACGACGGCCAAGUCAUCGAAGCAAUAAGAAGACCCGACUUCAGUAACCAGUUAGGCGGAAAAGCUUUAACGCAUCUCCGGAUCCUCCUCACCUUCGAAGGAACAAAAGAAGCCAAGACCUACCAAAAGAACCAAGAGCCGAAAACCCUUAGCGGCAUAGGGAGAGUUACAAAUAUCACUAAAUCCGCUACCUUCGACUUCUACCUUCCCGGAACCGUACGAGGAAAAGAGGUCAAGGCCCACUUCACCGUUACCGCCGAUAUCGUCGACCAACUCACGCCCCAUUUGCUACUAGGGAUAGGCUUCCUAUACGAGCACGGAGCCAAAGUCGAUUUCGUCUACCCUAGCGUCUCUUUUAGAUCGGCGCAUAGCAUAAUCAUCCGAGGGGAGAUCUUCAAAAAGAGAAUCUCGCCGCUUAACCGAGUGGUAAAGAGCGCCUACAUAGUCACGGUGAAGAAAGGCGAAACCGCUUUCAUCCCGGUCACUUAUAAGAACCUGCCGGCGACAUACGGAUCAGAUAGGAGUGAGGAGGCUUUCCACUUCCAAGGGAAGGAUAAACGCUUUUUCAAUAGCAUAAUCGACAGAAGCACCCCGAGGAUAGUCAUCUUCCACAACACCGACGGAAAAGACAUUCAGAUCCAUCGGAGGCAACUCAUAGGUCAUAUUAGUAACUACGAAGGCAACGAAACUGCGAACUUUAUCGCUAGUGGGUCCGGAACGGUGGAUUUCCUAGGCAUAAUCGGCAAGGAUUUCAGACCAGGGGAGGAAGUCGAGAACGUACUCGCAACCGGCACGCUACCGAUAAUAACGACCGAAUUAGAAGAGACAAUCGACAAAGACGACCCAAUCCGUAUCGAUGCCGGACUACCUAAUUACGGGAUCAGCCGCCCUAAAGGCAUUCCCUCGGUAUAG